AAAUAAUGGCCAAGAUCCACCCUCAAGCUUCCAUCUCUCCUCUCCCUUCAUCCUCUCCUUCUCCAUAUACAACUUCUGGGCAAGAAGCAUUCACUAUAUGGAUGAAAUCUCUUGUGUUCAACAGCAAUGGCUGCACUGUGUUUGAUUCCAAGGGUCGGAUUGUUUAUCGGGUUGAUAAUUACGAUUGCAAAUGCAACGAUGAAGUUUACCUCAUGGAUCUCUCGGGGAAAUUAGUGUUCGCAAUCUUAAGAAAGAAACUUCGAGUUUUCGGGCGUUGGGAGGGUUUCAAGUGCAAGGGAUCGAUGGUUGAGCACGGCAAACCAUGGUUUCAAGUUCGGAAGCCUUAUAGAAUUUUGAAAAGAGACUUGAAUUGCGAAGUUACGGUGGGAUGCAGUGAAAUUCAGCCCAUCCAUUAUAGAUUGGAAGGGUCACCAGGCAAAGCUUCCUGCAAGAUUGUCGAUCGAUCAGGAGCCGUUGUUGCAGAGGUUAAACAGAAGUUUUCAACCUCAGGAGUUGUAUUAGGGGAUGAUGUGUUGAGCUUGGUGGUAGAGCCGAACAUAGACCAUUCAGUUAUCAUGGCCCUUGUGAUUGUAUAUAGCCUCGUAAAUAGCAAGAUGUGAAGCUCCAUGGCCACAAGCUCAAGCGUCAUGGUUUAGGGUCCCUUAAGUGAGGGAGUAAUGAAAAGCAUAAUAGGGUGACAAAGGUUUUAUCGCCAAGAAGAAGAAGAGCACAACACCCCAAGAAAUUGAGGAACACAUUCAAGGCAAAUCACCUCUUAUCCCAAUGUCAAUUGUUUGGCUUUGGAUAUUGUUGUGGGCAUUGUGCUGUGGAAAUUUUUGCAUGAUUCAACCUGUGUAUAGGAUUUUUUUUUUUAGGCGUCAAGUUUGAGCUGAUUUGAUUGUUUUUGUUAGCCUCAACAAUGAGAUAAUCUCCAAAUUGUAUAGCGUGCAUUUUAUUGAGAAGUAAAUAAGAGAAACUCUUAUUUUUAUUUUAUUUUUGGGUA